GGGGCGGCCGCCAUCUUGGGCUGAGGCGGGCCGGGGGCAGGGCCGCUCCUGAGGGAGCGGGAGCGGGAGCGGGAGGGGAACAUUCCCGCUGUAGGGAUCGCACCGGCGUUUUGGCCUGGAUUAGCUCCAUAAACGGGGGGUUAAUCAGCCCCGAGUCGUGUGUGAAGGCGGAAGCGGAGGAGAGCCGGUGUCGCCCCGCUGCGGUUGCGAGGAGCCGCCGCCUGAGGCAGCGUUUGGGGCCGCCGGUGUUUAAAGCGAGCAGAGACUCGCUCCGCUGUUCCCGCCCCCCCGGCGGGAGGUGUUAUUGUUGUGUCUGGAGCUCACCGGCGGCUUCACCCCCGCGGAGCCGCUGCAGCAGAAGGCACCCAGCCCGAGGAUGGAGCCCGGCGCCAGCCCCUGAGCUCCCGCAAGGCGAGAGGGCAGGAUGGCCGGGAACAGCCUGGUGCUGCCCAUCGUGCUGUGGGGGCGCCGGGCCCCCACGCACUGCGUCUCCGCCCUGCUGCUCAUGGAGGACGUGCCCAUGGUGGUCACCGGCUGCCACGACGGGCAGAUCUGCCUCUGGGACCUGGCGCCGGCCUUGCAGAUCAACCCCAGAGCCCUGCUCUUCGGCCACACGGCCUCCAUCACCUGCUUGGCAAAGGCCUCUGCUUCCGGUGACAAGCAGCACAUCGUGAGUGCGUCGGAGAGCGGGGAGAUGUGCCUGUGGGAUGUGAACGAUGGGAGGUGCAUUGAGUUUACUAAGUUAGCCUGUACCCAUACGGGCAUCCAGUUCUAUCAGUUCACGGUUGGAUCCCAACGGGAAGGACGGCUCUUAUGCCAUGGCCACUAUCCCGAAAUCCUGGUCGUGGAUGCUACCAGCCUGGAAGUCCUUUAUUCCUUAUUAUCCAAGAUCUCUCCUGACUGGAUCAGCUCCAUGACUAUCAUUAGAUCCGACAGAACUCAAGAGGACACUGUGGUGGCAGUUUCCGUCACUGGCAUCCUCAAAGUCUGGAUAAUAAGCUCCGAAGUGGGUCGCAUGCAGGACACAACCCCAGUGUUUGAAGAGGAAUCCAAACCUAUCUACUGCCAGAACUGUCAGAGCGUCUCCUUCUGUGCAUUUACUCAGAGGUCCCUCUUGGUGGUGUGCUCCAAGUACUGGAGGGUGUUUGAUGCUGGAGACUAUUCCCUCCUCUGCUCAGUCCCUAGUGAGAACCACCAGACCUGGACUGGAGGUGACUUUGUAGCAGCUGAUAAAGUGAUUGUCUGGACAGAAGAUGGCCAAAGCUUCAUCUACAAGUUACCAGCCAGUUGCCUCCCAGCCAGUGAUUCCUUCCGCCGCGACGUGGGCAAAGCAGUGGAGAACUUAAUCCCCCCGUUGUUGUCCAGCGUGGUGGACAGAGCAGAGAAAGAGCUCCUGAUCUGUCCUCCAGUUACUCGGUUCUUCUGUGGCCAGAAGGACUUUGCCUACAAGCUCUUAAUCCAAGGAGACUCUUCAGGAAGACUCUCAAUUUGGAGCAUCCCUGAUACUCUCGAGCAACAAAGUGGUGCAAAAGGCCUACAGACGACGACUUCCAUAUCCCUCCAGGAAGCGUUCGAUAAGCUCACUCCUCACCCUGCUGGCAUCAUAGAUCAGCUGAGCCUGAUCCCAAACCUCGAGGAGCCCCUGAAGGUCACAGCCAGCGUGUACAUCCCAGCCCACGGGAGGCUGGUUUGUGGCCGGGAGGACGGAAGCAUCGUCAUUGUGCCGGCCACCCAGACUGCCAUCGUUCAGCUCCUGCAGGGAGAGCACAUGCUCAGGAGAGGUUGGCCACCUCACCGGACCCUGCGGGGCCACCGCAACAAGAUCACCUGCCUGCUGUACCCCCACCAGGUGUCUCCUCGCUAUGACCAGAGGUUCCUGAUCUCGGGGGCUGUGGACUUCUCGGUCAUCGUGUGGGACAUCUUCUCGGGGGAGAUGAAGCACCUCUUCUGUGUGCACGGCGGGGAGAUCACCCAGCUGCUCGUUCCACCUGAGAACUGCAGUGCAAGAGUCCAGCACUGCGUCUGCUCGGUGGCCAGUGACCACUCCGUUGGGCUUCUGAGCCUGAGGGAGAAGAAGUGCAUCAUGUUGGCAUCCAGGCACCUUUUCCCGAUCCAGGUCAUCAAGUGGAGGCCUUCUGAUGACUACCUGGUGGUGGGAUGUUCAGAUGGGUCCGUGUACGUCUGGCAGAUGGACACAGGUGCUCUGGACAGAUGUGUGAUGGGAAUAACAGCAGUGGAGAUCCUGAACGCCUGUGACGAGGCUGUCCCAGCGGCUGUGGACGCCCUGAGCCAUCCUGCUGUCAACCUGAAGCAGGCCAUGACCAGGAGGAGCUUGGCUGCUCUCAAGAACGUGGCCCAUCAGAAGCUGCAGACUCUGGCCACCAACCUCCUCGCUUCUGAGGCAUCUGAUAAGGGGAAUUUACCCAAAUACUCCCACAACUCCCUGAUGGUCCAGGCCAUAAAGACCAACGUGACAGAUCCAGACAUCCACGUGCUCUUCUUCGAUGUGGAAGCCCUCAUCAUCCAGCUCCUGACCGAGGAGGCCUCCAGGCCCAACACCACGUUGGUUUCUCCAGAGAACCUCCAGAAGGCCUCUGGUGGCUCUGACAAAGGAGGUUCCUUCCUGGCUGGGAAAAGAGCUGCUGUCCUCUUCCAGCAGGUGAAGGAAACCAUCAAGGAGAACAUCAAGGAGCAUCUUCUCGAUGAUGAAGAUGACGAUGAAGACUACAUGAGGCAAAGGCGAGAAGAUGGUGACCCAGAGUAUCGCUCGAGCAAGUCCAAGCCCUUAACUCUCUUAGAGUAUAACCUGACCAUGGACACAGCAAAGCUCUUCAUGUCCUGUCUUCAUGCUUGGGGCCUCAACUCGGUCCUGGAUGAGCUUUGCCUGGAUCGUCUUGGCAUGCUGAAGCCGCACUGCUCGGUGUCCUUUGGCCUCCUCUCCAGAGGUGGCCACAUGUCCCUCAUGCUGCCGGGCUACAACCAGCCCGUUGGCAAAGGCUCCCGUGAGAGCGUGGAGGUGGGCAGGAAGAUGUCCCUUACAGAAGGACUUGGCAAGGGCACCUAUGGGGUGUCCAGGGCCGUGACCACUCAACAUCUCCUCUCUGUCAUCUCCUUGGCCAACACCCUCAUGAGUAUGACCAACGCCACCUUCAUCGGGGAGCACAUGAAGAAAGGGCCCAGCAGGCCACCCAGACCAGGCACUCCUGAGACCUCGAGAGCCAAAGCUCCCUCUGCAAUUGCAGCUCAUGCAGCCCAAGGACAAAUCAAACAAGUUGCUCCUGCUGUUUCUCCUAGCCCUGAAGCUGCUCGCUCUGGCUCUGACACUGCUCCUCCUUUACAUACCUGUUUCUUAGUCAAUGAAGGAUGGAGCCAGCUGGCUGCCAUGCACUGCGUGAUGCUUCCCGACCUCCUGGGCCUGGAUAAAUUCCGACCUCCUCUACUGGAGAUGCUGGCACGGAGGUGGCAGGAUCGCUGCUUGGAGGUGAUAGAAGCUGCCCAGGCCCUGCUGCUUGCAGAGCUGAGGAGGAUUGAGCAAGCAGGGAGGAAGGAGACCAUCGACGCCUGGGCUCCCUACCUGCCCCAGUACAUGGACAGUGUUAUAUCACCUGGGGUAACCACAGAAGCCAUCCAGACAGGCAGUGCCAGCCCGGAUUCCUUGGGAACAGAAGCCAAGGUGCAGGAGGAGGAGCAUGACCUGGUUGAUGAUGACAUUACAGCAGGUUGUCUCUCUGGUCUGCCCCAGCUGAAGAAGGUCUCCACCUCCUACGAGGAGAGGAGGAAACAAGCCACAGCCAUUGUCCUGCUGGGGGUCAUCGGGGCAGAGUUUGGAGCUGAGAUAGAACCUCCCAAGCUUCUCACUCGGCCACGCAGCUCCAGUCAGAUUCCUGAAGGAUUUGGCUUGACCAGCGGGGGAUCCAACUAUUCCUUGGCGAGGCAUACGUGCAAAGCGCUGACCUUCCUGCUGCUGCAGCCGCCCAGCGCCAAGCUGCCGGCGCACAGCACCAUCCGCAGGACCGCCAUCGACCUCAUCGGCCGCGGCUUCACCGUCUGGGAGCCCUACAUGGACGUGUCUGCCGUGCUCAUGGGCCUGCUGGAGCUCUGUGCUGAUGCUGAGAAGCAGUUGGCCAACAUCACCAUGGGCCUGCCCCUGAGCCCAGCUGCGGACUCUGCCCGCUCAGCACGACACGCUCUGUCCCUCAUUGCCACCGCCAGGCCCCCCGCCUUCAUCACCACCAUCGCCAAGGAGGUGCACAGACACACGGCCCUCGCAGCCAACACUCAGUCCCAGCAGAACAUCCACACCACCGCCCUGGCCCGGGCCAAAGGGGAGAUCCUGAGGGUCAUUGAGAUCCUCAUUGAGAAGAUGCCGACCGACGUUGUGGACCUUCUCGUGGAGGUUAUGGACAUCAUCAUGUACUGCCUUGAAGGAUCUUUAGUCAAGAAGAAGGGGCUUCAGGAAUGCUUUCCAGCCAUCUGCAGGUUCUACAUGGUGAGCUAUUACGAGCGGAGCCACAGGAUAGCGGUGGGAGCGCGCCAUGGGUCCGUGGCCCUCUACGACAUCCGCACUGGGAAGUGCCAGACCAUCCAUGGCCACAAAGGACCCAUAACUGCCGUGGCUUUUGCUCCUGAUGGCCGGUACCUGGCCACCUACUCCAACUCCGACAGCCACCUCUGCUUCUGGCAGAUGAACACGUCCCUGCUGGGGAGCAUUGGCAUGUUGAACUCAGCCCCCCAACUGCGCUGCAUCAAAACCUACCAGGUCCCCCCCGUCCAGCCAGCUUCACCAGGCUCCCACAACGCCCUCAGGCUGGCCAGGCUCAUCUGGACCUCCAACCGGAACGUCAUCCUCAUGGCGCACGAUGGCAAGGAGCAUCGCUUCAUGGUCUGAGCCAGAAGGAGAAGGCGACAUUGGCGCUGGAGAACGUGCUCUUGGAAUGGGGCAGGGGGACCACACCACCACCGUGCUGGUCAGGAGGAGCCCGUUCCAGGCAGGAUGGUUCACUCAUCCAACAUGGUUUUCCUUUGGAGCCUCUUCCCAAAAGCUCAGUGUUUACCAAAAGGACUCGUGUUUACAUGGACUUUCUCCUCGUGACCAUGGAACGAUGGUGGGUGCUGGCUCUUGGAGCGUGGGUCUUCCAUGAGGAGCUCCUCGCCUUGGGGUGGGAAGAGCUGGAGUUGGGGUGGAUGGUCCAUGUGUGAUCCAGAGGGGAUGUUCCCUCUACAAAGAGACUUGGAAGUGCUGCUGAUCCCAGAGCCUGGAAGCGUGACUGUGUAAAUAAUCCCUACAAAUCCCUGGAAGGUGGAAAAAAUAAGGCCUAUUUAUAUCUAAGGUGUUUUUCCAGGUAUUUCUUGGACAAAAAGCUGCUGCUUCCCAAAGGUGCUCCCAUUCGUGCCGGGACGUUGCGGUCCCUGGCCUGGCCAUGGCUCCCACCGUGGCUUCCCUUGGGAAAGACACAGGCUCCAGAGGCACAAAUGGGGCUGGAGAGGUGGUAAGUGAUUGGAAUGGCUCCAGGGGAGGCAUUUCCUUCCAUAGGGAUGUUCCUGGUUAACUUCAGCUGUGGCUGGGCUCUUCUUCUCACAUAUCUCAUGUAGCAGCAUGGACAUCUCCAGGUUUAUGCUGUGGAAGACUCUUCCUUAAACCACCUUGAGGGAGAUGUUUGGAAGCUUUUCCUUGCUGCUUUGCUGGGAAAACUCCUGGAAUUAAGGCACUAUCUACAUAAUCAAGGCAAAAAGGUACUUGGAAGACUCUUCCCUUCCCCAUAAAGGAAUCAAUGAGCUUCCAAAGUAGCUCCUAACUAUGAAAACCAUUGGUUUUGGGGAGGUUUAGGUGGCCUCUGGAGGUUCUCCAGAUGCUACAUAUCUGUUUGGUGUUGGGAAGUUACUCCUGAGUUCCAAAGGGAAGAAACUAAGACCAUUGGGAAUGUUUCACCACCAACUGCCAUCAAGUUGGAUCCUUCCUCUGGCAGGAAUGUAGAUGGAGGACCCUGUAGGAGAACCUCAGGGUCUUCUCUAUGUCAACUAAUGCAUGCCCAUGGUGUUGUGGCAGGUCUAUGUGUAACCUCACUAAAGGAGAGGGAAUGGGGGCUUUGUAUCCAUAAAAAAGCUGGAAUUUUUGGUAGGAAAGAGCUGAGGUUCCAUGUAAGUGUCCUCCAGCCAGUGUCCUAUCCAUUCACUCAUGGUAGAUCCCCCAUUGCCCAUUCCAGGGCAAGGAUCUGGUGUGGUCCCUGCUGGAGACACGAGGCCUGCAGCACACUGUGUGUUGUCACCCCGGUGUAAACUCGUAGUAGUGCUUUCUUGAGCUCUUAGUCCUGUGUUUGACUUGUCCUUGUGGCUCUAGAGACGUCCGUGGCUUCGGUGGCACUUUACAAGCAGCAGGUGACAUGAGGAGACGCCACCGUGGUGAUGCUCCAUGUCACCACGUCCAAGCUGUCUCCUCCUCCAAGUACUUCGUGGUGCAUCCACUCCUCACCCUGUGUAUGUAGUGAACUUCCUGGUGUAAAUAUGCUUGUGAAAUAAAACUGGCUGCAAGAA